AUGUCCUCUGAGAACGGCGACGAUAGUCGCAAAAGGAAGAGAACUUCUUACGCGUGCGACCCAUGUCGGCAUCGAAAAGUGAGAUGCGAUGGCCGCCGGCCUUGUGAGACAUGUUCGCAGAUGGCCAUAACAUGUGUUUACGGAACUGAGACUGCCAAGUUAGUGACGGGCAAAAGCAAAAGCGACUUAAUUCUGGAUGCCGCCCUCCGAUCCGAGAAUCUUUUGCGAGAAUUAUCCUCUAAACUAUCGCAGACCCCUACUACCCAUAUCCCAUCUCAGACCUCUUCCCCUCACGCAGUCAUCUCACCGAGCACAGUGAGCAAUGCUCACCACAGCGAAAUUCCCCAAGACCUUAUCUCCAAUGCCACACUGUCGGCUUUCCACGCAUCCACGACCGAAUCUAUACUGUCAUGGCCGCAAUUCUCCGAGUUCCGUGAACUAAUAAAAGACCGCGGCUUCUCUGUUUUCCACUUGGAAAGCAGCCGGGCGCCGCUGGUUCAGCGUCCAUCUGCAAUCCAGCCGUACAUGACAAAGUUUGAGGUUGAGAGAAUAGUCCGAAGCUUUGAACGCAGCAUCAAUUUUUGGUACCCGACCAUGAACCAAGCGACGCUGCGAGAGCUGCGAAUGCAGAUCUCCUCGGGUGUCUUUGAAGAGACCACACGGUCAUGUUUGGCCUUACUAGUGAUGGCUUUAGGGUGUGCGGGUGAACUGGUGUCUUUAUUUUCGGAACAGGAGACCCUCCAGACAGACUAUGAAGAGACCUGGAACCAAAAGCGGCUAAUGAGCGAGCUGUAUUUUGAUAGCGCAUAUAAGAAGAUUCAUCUUGCGCAGGCUGAAUUUACAGCCGAUGCAGUGCAGUGCCUGUUCUUUACCGGGUUAUCUUUUGCGUUCCUGCAGAGGCCACUACAGGCUUGGUCAUUUAUGAGUGCGGCGGCAACGAAAUGUCGGCUGCUUUUAUCCUACGACGUCUCGGAAAUGGCACCCGAACAGCUGGAAUGUCUUCACCGGAUCUUUUGGUCUUGCUAUAUUCUCGAAAGUGACUACCUCGCCGAGCUCUCCGCUCUCCCCCAAACCGGCAUUGCAGGCAUUGAGUCUUCCAUUCCCUUACCAGGCGAAUUCUGCACCCAGGAGUCUCAAAAUGACCAAGAAGAAUCAUCUUUGUACUUCCUUGCGUGUAUAUCAAUGCGGCGGCUACUAAAUCGUGUGCACGACCUUCUGUAUGCCCGGGACAUGGGGGUUGGCUUCGACAAUCACCAAUUUCCCUCCGUGGUCUCAGAACUGGGGUACCAGCUCGAGGAAUGGAAGGACCUACUGCCAUUCCCUUUCCAGUUUUCUGCCGACCUAGAGCCGACACGCACACAAGAGGGUGCCUUUCUGCGCCAGCGUUACCUAACAUGCAAAAGCGUCAUUUAUAGACCAUAUCUCACGUGGGCGCUUUCGAAUAGUGACUCUCGAGAGCAUUUCUCCCCGGUCGUUUAUGAGGGAUGUCGAACAUGUUUGGAAGCAUGCUGCAUGCAUGCGCUGAAUCUGCGAAGUCUGCAGCAUACGAUCAUGGUGGACACGUGGAUCUGCUCGCUCUCUAUGGCGUCCGUCAUACUUGUUAUGCUAGCUGCAUCCCGCGUCAGCGCCUUACGACGACUCAUGGCGUCUCGCAUUGUGGAGAUCGGGCCACAUGUUAACGGAUUACUGACCCAGUGGAUGCAUAUCCCUGGUCGAGGGACAUCGCCGAGCGUCACGGAGAGUGUCAAGCUUAUUGGAAAUGCAUCAACCCUGCUAAGUCUAACCUGGAACGAUAAUGGGUUGGAGAAGUAA